UUCUGCGAAGGGUUUAGAUCCUUCUUUGGCACCCAAAUGAAGCCGAACGACAAAAGAAAAGAAAAAAUAAAAUAAGUCCCUGCAGGCGACGAAAGAAAAGAAACGAAACGGAAACGCGUUCACCAUCAGCAGCCUGGGCUUCAUCCCUUUCGUUAACCUAAUUUCCUAAAUCAGGCGCGCGCCUUCGCCUGGAGGCUAGCACCUAGGCUCCAGCAGCCCUUUGCGCCUCAGUGUGCGUUGCGCCUUUAAUUACUAUGUUAUUUUCUAGAAUCUCAAGAAUUGGAGUUGGGAUAGUUAAACAUCUCUCUAGAGAGGAAUUAUAUUACAUGGCGGCUUACAUACGUAGCCUCUCUACUAGAGCAAAUCUUGUCAGACGACAAUGUCAAUUUUCGUUUAGUUAUAUUCUUCAUCAUGAUGAUGAUCGCAAACGCAACUCCAUUGAUGAAGGUCCAUUGCCUCUGAGAGGGAUGAGUAGUAGUUCAUUGCAGCAGAGGGGAUUUGCAAGUGGGUUUAUCAAUAAUUCAUCCAAAUACAGUGGUUUCUCUCAAGAAAGAAGAAGAUGCUCUGAGUUUUCUCUCUCACCAAGCAUUGGGGCAUCGUUUCUCCGGUAUAUGUCAACGACAAUUGGUGAAGGGUCAGAGAAACUUGAGCUGAUGAGUGAUGUUGCUGAUGUUCUUACAGACACCACUGUUCAAGCUGUGGCCAACCCUGCAGUGAAUGAAGUUGCAGUUGCUGCUGCUGAUUCUUUUUUCCCUGUUGCAAUCCUUCAGCAUGUUAUUGAUAAUGUGCAUUCUUUUACUGGUUUUAAUUGGUGGGCUUCAAUAAUUUUAACUACUCUUUUGAUUCGAGGGGCAACAGUUCCACUUCUGAUAAAUCAACUAAAAGCUACAUCGAAACUAACUCUGAUGAGGCCACGCUUGGAGGAGAUUAAGCAACAGAUGCAAGAUAAAGGUAUGGACCCUGCUACGGUGGCAGAAGGCCAAAAACAAAUGAAGUUGCUCUUCAAUGAAUAUGGUGUGAGUCCUUUUACUCCACUGAAGGGGCUCUUUAUUCAAGGUCCUGUCUUUAUCUCUUUUUUCCUGGCGAUUUCAAACAUGGUAGAAAAAGUGCCUUCCUUUAAAACUGGUGGAGCAUUUUGGUUUGUUGAUUUAACAACUCCAGAUAGUCUAUACAUCUUUCCAAUUUUGACAGCCUUAACUUUCUGGAUAACUGUGGAGUGCAACAUGCAAGAAGGCAUGGAAGGAAAUCCUGCUGCUGGCACGAUGAAAAAUGUAUCUAGGGUCCUGGCUGCUGUUUCAAUUCCGCUUACCAUGAGUUUCCCCAAGGCUAUAUUUUGUUAUUGGAUCACUUCCAACUUAUUCUCGCUGUUUUACGGCCUAGUGCUUAAAGUUCCUGGGGUAAAGAAGACCUUGGGUAUUCCUAAAAUACCUGUUCCUCCAGCUGGCACUGCUUCACAGUCUUCCUUCAGUCUUUCUUCAGCAAUCAAACAAGCCCUGGCGGCAAAACAGCAGGUUGCUACUUCAUCACCUGUUGAAUCAUCAUCCAAGAUGAUUUCGGAUCAAAGAAUAUCUUCAUCUUCAGUAAUUAGUCAGAGGAUUAAAAGUUUAGAGAAACAAGUAAAGGGAAGGAAGAAAAACAAGAAGAGGUGAGACAUAAAUCCAUUUUUGUAAUGCGAUAACCAGAAAUGAGGUUUAAAUACUGUUACAAUGAAUUAAUUUAGUAUUAGUCAUAUUCUUUAUUUUGCAAGAAAAGGAAUAGCAAAGGGAGUAUAGUUCACAUUAAAUUAGCAAGGGCCGAUAGCCCAUUAUUCGAAUAAUCAUUUGACUGCUAAUAGUUUUGCUUGAAGUUCAAAAUGUUUGUAGUUUUUUUGGUGCUGGUAAUAAAUUUCCUUUUGCGUUGA